AUGUUUAGUUCUCAACCAUGCGAAAUUCAUGGAGCUGAAGUAAAUAAUUGUCGUUUAAAAUUUCCACAACAUCAUAAAAUUGAUACAAGUGCAUAUGAUUACUCGACUAAAUCUGUCAAAGAAUUAAACCUAACGGAAAGUGACAUUGAAAAAAUCAUUGAAAAUGCAUUUGAAUCAGCUAAAAAUUAUGCCAAAUUAGCUGACAUGACUGAAUUAUUAACAAAAAGAAAAAUUUAUUCAUUAUCUGAUCUAAGUCAAUUUAUUAAAAUUAGUUUGAAUCAAUCAUCCUCGAAAGUAGUAGAUUAUAUGAAUGGAGAUGAUUCUGAAGAUGAGAACGAUGAAAGUGAAUUUUUAGAUGAACAAAAUAAGUCAGAAGUAUUUGAUGAAGAGGAUCAGAUGUCACCAGAUGUUACUGAUGAUGAUGGUAAUGAUCAUGAUGAAGAAGAAGAAGACAAUGUUCUCGCAAAAGAUCUUUCAAAUGUGGAAAGGCAAAAGUUUCAAGGUUGUCGAAUAUAUGAUAAAGUUAAUCCACAACACAUUCAUAAAUAUUUUCGGAUGCAAAUUGGUACUUCAACAAAAUAUGUACAUAAACAAACAGCAUGUUGGUUACUAACAAACGAAAAGAAUCUUCUAUCAGCUGAUCGACUAAUACGUGUUCGAGGAUCUCGAAAGUAA